AUGCAUUGCAUCUCUCUCCUCUUCGCGCUUGUGGCGCUUGUGCAGGGCGACUGCGAGUCUCCGGAGACAUGCGCAGCGCAGAGCUCGCAUGCAGUUGCUGGCUCCUUGAUCCAGCACGCGCAUGCAGCCAGCAAAGAGAAAGCCCGUCUGGGCGGGUACAGUGUUGGCCACGACAACACUCAGAGCUGCGGCGUUGACCGUGCCCGUAUUGAAGAUGUGGCCGAUUGCCGGGACGCAGCCACAGCUCUGGGCCUUGAUUUCGGGGCUCAAGGCUCAUACUACGCCUGGCCGGCUUUCUGUUUCAAGUAUAGAGAGCGCAUCUAUUUCAACUACGACGUGGCUGGCUCAAGGUCCAAGUCGAGUGCCUACAUGGUGUGCGAGUCAAUGACGACCACCACGACGACGACGACGACUACCGCUUCGGAGGCGGGCAGCACCACCUUCGUGGGAGUGCGCUAUGAGUUGGGUGCGAUGGGAUCGCCUUUCUGCGUGGAGGGGGAGGUGAUUGGAACCCAUGGCGAGUGCGCAAGCAGUGCUGUGGCAACAGCGCUUGGGAAGUCCUUCAUCAACUGGGCGCAAACCCCGGAUCUGCCCACCGGUUGCUACUACGACUCCAGCCUCGACGGCCUCAUGUUCAACUAUCACCAGGGAGGACAGGCCCUUCCAGAGGAUUCACCGGUGUGCAAGAUCGACAACACUCCAGUGACCCACACCUUCCAUCAGGGCGAGCUCAACAGCAACAGCUGCUCUGUGGGGGAACAGAUCGAUGAUCCGGAGCUGUGCCGCGAGGCGGCAGCCGAACUCGGAGAGUUGUUCCAGACUGAAGGCAGCUACUCCGGCUAUCCCUCCGGCUGUUUCGCUCUGGGGAACGGCAAUAUUUACUACAAUCGCCAUGAAGGCAACGGCAGCAACAGCAAUGCCCGGCCGAUUUGCAUUGCCGCAGUUUGA